UUGUCGAACACUCUGUCUGAGAAAACUUGCCACUAUGUCUAUGCAACAAGCGCAGACAGAGGGACUGUGCCUCAAAUACCCAGAACCGCUAGGGCCACAUCCUCAAAUCACCCACGAAGCCGCGGUACACAUGCUCCAACGCGCUAUUCAGCUUUCCCAGCACACGCCAUUCGCGUGGGGAUACAUCGACAAGCCCCUCGAGGGCUCGACCUUCCUCAUCUUUCAAACCGCGCAGCUCCCCUUCCCGGUAGAUGGGCUCGUAUAUCAAGAUAGGGAGCAGAGAUACAGCAUUCCACUUGGAAACGGGCGGGAACUCGAAGUGACCGAAGUCAAGUUUGGGUUCAUCCCUGGGGUCGACCAAUCAGCACACCGCGUCCGGAGGCGGUUCAGGAUGCAGAAGGGCGGCCAUCCCCAGCUCGUCCUCGUCCACUACUCCAGCGGCCAGCACACUCCGAUCAUUCCUUCGCUCAAUCAGCCCCCACGCAACUACCCGCUGCGCCCUGUGAACGAGCCUGCGAUCUAUGUCAUGGGCGAGCGGCAGGGCCAGAAGGUUUUCCCUGGGGCGGGAGCCCCUGGAUCGAUCCCUAUGACUCCUGUGAGCGACCGUCCCGCUAUGAACUACCCGGGAAUGCCGGCGAUGGGGAUGCCCCGCAACCCGCAAGGCAUGCUCGCGCAUCAAAACAGCCAGAUGGAAGCGUUAGAGAGGAGAGCACAGCGCGAAAGAGGGAUGAGCAUGGGCCAGCGACAAACAAGCCGCGUCGUGGAUGACGACGACUCCGCAGACGAGUCGGAGACUAUCUCGACACGAACGCUCGCCCUGACGCGGUAUCGCCGUAACCACGAGUUCAUGAACGAAGUUUUCAUGUACGCUGCAUUUGGUGACAAGAAAGUCCCUCCACCGCCAUCACCCUAUUCAGCAUUCAAGCUGCCAGAUUUGGAGGAUUCUGUGGCGAAACUGACUGUGGAAGUGGAGGAGCUCAGGAAAAAGUCCGCGGCACGAAAAGAGGCAGCGGCUGCCGGCGCGAGCGAGCUGCGAGACGUACCAAUGGACGGUCUCGCUAUCGCCGAUGCCGCCGCGUAGAGCACUUUGUCUGGAUCUUUGUAUUGUAGUGUAAUUCUUAGUCUGCUUUCGCGCG